UGGAACCUAAGAAAAAGCGUGCUCUUCACCCUUUUUUCGCGACACGUCCACUGCUCUCACCACCGCCAUCAUGGCUAAUGUCACUGUUGAACUUCCCCCAAUGUCGACAGUGGCCAUUGGCUUUGGUCCGAUGGUCACCGGAAUGAUGUUGCAACAACUUUUCCUUGGUGUCUUGAGUUCUCAAGCCGCACAGUACUAUAGUACAUAUUACGCCAAGGAUAGCGUGUUCACAAAAACCAUUGUCGGUUCCUUGGUGGUUCUGAAUAUAUUUUUGAGUUGCCUCGAUUUCCACGUUCUUUAUCGCACUGCGGUUCUUCUUUACGGACAAUACGAUUUCUUUGACCUCCAAGAAUGGACGAUGUGGAUCGAGCCUGGUACCACCGCGAUUAUAGGUGGCGUCGCGCAGGUCUUCUUCCUAGUCCGCUGUUGGAGGUUUGCCAGGAACUGGUUUAUUUUGAUCGGUUUGACCCUUCUCUGUCUAUUUGCUUGUGGCUCAGGGCUUUCUGUGACCGUCGCUUUCUUCAGAGUCAAGAGAUUCAGCAAUCUAGCCCUGAUACCUACGCAGAUUACACUUUGGCUGGUAUCCACAAGUGUCUGUGACAUUGCUAUCGCCGCCAUCUUGAUCUUUUACUUCGCCAAAUCUAAGACGCCUGUGAAGAAAACCGAAGCUGUCAUUAGUCGUCUCAUCCGCCAGUCCAUGGAGACCAGUUUCGUCACCGCUGUCUGUGCUACGCUCAACUUCAUCUUCUAUAAGGCUCUGCCGACAACUGCAUACCAUCUACUCCCUCAAUUUUCCAUGGCCCGUAUCUAUAGCAUGACCGUCAUGUACACCCUUCUCUCGCGCCAUGCCUUGCGCGACGUCAUGUCUGAGGGCAAUGGUACCUUUGCCACGGGCUUUUUUGACAAUGGUGUCUUUGAUUCAAGCGCUACUCGAUUUGGUAACAGCGGCAUACGCGUCAAUGUCGAAGCGACGACACGCAGCGAUGCUGAAGCCUCAGCGACUCCUCCCAACCGCCAGCAUGAUAUCGCUCUCACCAGAAUUCCCAGCGAUGAGUGGAAGAAGGCGAGAAACACUGAUUUGUGACGAAUUUUGUCUCAUGUCUGGAUGUAUUUAGAACUGCAUGGACUAAACAAAAGGCACAUCGUUAUCC